CGUAUAGAGGAGAUUCAAGGGAAAUUGGCGACAGUUUGUUGCUGGCACUGGUGGUGACAGCUGAUUUUCUUGUUACGUAGCCAAAAUCUGGAUGCAGUGGCAUGUCAGAUAGGAACUCCGUUCUACCAAAUAGGCCGUAAGCCUAGUCAGUUGUCCUAGUUUUCAUCGGAUUUCCUUAAAAGUGCGUUGUCUUUCAUUGACCGGAGAUGGGUGGGAGCCAGAGCGUACAGAUCCCCGGCGGCGGGACCGAGGGCUACCACGUCCUGAAGGUGCAGAAAAAUUCGCCGGGGCAGGUGGCCGGCUUGGAGGCCUUCUUCGAUUUUAUCGUCUCUAUCGACGGGACUAGGCUGAACCAAGACAAUGACACACUGAAGGACAUCUUGAAGGCGUCUCUGGACAAGCCAUUGAAGAUGAUAGUCUACAGUAGUAAGACUCAGACUGUGCGCCAACUCACCAUUACUCCAAGCAAUAACUGGGGUGGCCAGGGACUUCUUGGUGUAAGCAUCAGGUUCUGCUCAUUCGAAGGUGCCAAUGAGAACGUCUGGCAUGUUCUGGAAGUUCAUCCGUCAUCCCCAGCAGAACUGGCAGGGUUGAACCCGUUUUCGGACUAUAUAAUCGGUGCCGACUCAUCGUUGCAUGAGAGUGAGGAUCUUUUCACUCUUAUUGAAGCACAUGAGGGUCGAUGCUUAAAGCUAUAUGUCUACAAUAUAACGCAGGACACUUGCCGUGAGGUGAACAUCACUCCCAAUUCUAACUGGCCCGGCGAGGGAAGUCUUGGGUGUGGUAUUGGAUAUGGUUAUUUACAUCGGAUUCCAGUUAUGAAUUUUCAGCCCGAACUCAAGCCUCUACUUCCUAACCCUGUGGAGGAAGUUCCCAUUCUUUCCCAAGCUGAUGCCACACAGAAAGAAAAAGUUGCUCUUCAAGCUGACCAUGAUUCAGCCCAAGAUGUCUCUCAAGGCUUGUCAAGCCUUUCAAUUGAUAACAGAGUACCAACACACCCUGCAUUUGCUGGAGGGACUACAACAGUUCCAGUUACUACAGUGAAUAUGAACAGCCCGGCACAGUAUGUCUCAUCUGGUACUAAUCCUUACGCUAGUGUUCCUGUGCCAAACCAUGGAGAUGCUUCUUAUCCUUUGCCGACUAUGCAGUAUCCGAUGCAGUAUGUCCACCAACCCUACAUACCAGCACCUACAUCUGCCAUGCCCAAUUAUAUCCAUUCCCCAAAUGCAAUGCCCAGUUAUACCCACAGCCCUUCUGCAAACCCAAGUUACACAGGUGUAAUGCAGCAGCAGCAGUCUCAGACGUGGAGGCCGCAGGGUGAAAUUGGAACUACCGAACACCUGUUUCCUCAGCCAAGCUACAAUGUUCUGCCACCUCCAGCCUCUGAGAUUCCAGUCACCACUCAUCCACAACCUGUCAUGCCUACAAGUCAAGGAUUAAUAGAUUCAUUUGCAACGCAGACUGUAACGACUCCAAUUUCUCUUCCAGGGAUGCCACCAAUCACUGUUAGCGCCUCGUUGCCCUUUAAAACGAUAGAGGCUCUUCAGAAUGAACAGCAGGCUAACACAACUGUUACAGCAACACACUGAAACAUCUACAAUAUUUUAUCAAAAUAUACAACAAUUCAGUGUUGA